AUGCCGCAUAUUGAUUUCGCAUGUGAAAAUAAAAUAUACCGUGAUACGUGCUACUCUUUUGAGUUACGGUUUCUGUCAUUACAGAUGAAUAUGCCCACGGUUGCAACACUGAAUGGGUUCAACAACAGAAGUGGUUACUAUGAUGGCCUUCCCAGGGGACUUUCGAGUGGCACUAAUGACUUUUUCUUUCCCAGACUGGAUUGCAAAUCUAAUAUCAGCACUUUGGUGCGAUGUCAAAGCACCCCUGACCGAGCCGCCAUUGAUCAUAGUCGCAAGGCGAUUGUCUUCAACCACUGCCAUAACGGGAAGCCGACAGCUCAGCCUCAGCGCUGA